AUGCAUAUGGAUAAAAUGAUGAAUGUGCAGAGUUCUGAACAAAUUCUAAAUAAUCGACUGCAAGUGAAAACUUCUAUCGAUACUGUUCGAUGGCUUACCUUUCAAGGGUGUCCUUUUGGAGGUUAUGAUGAAACCCCUAAAUCAAAAAAGCGGGGAAAUUUCCUUAAGAUGAUUAGAAUUUUGGCAUCUUAUAGUGAUAAGGUUGAACAAGUUGUUUUCGAAAAUGCUCCUAAAUCUGCUAAGUACACUUCGCCUAUAAUUCAGAAGGAGAUUCUACAUGUUAUUGCAAGUAAAGUGCAGAGUAAGAUUUGUGAGGACAUUGGGGAUUCCAAAUUUUACACUGCUGCAUUGACUUUGAAGAAUGAAACAUAUGCUAUUCUUUCUCGUCACUAUCUUGACAUUCAAAAUAUUCAUGGACAAGGAUAUGACGGUGCUAGCAACAUGUGUGGUGAAUGGAAAGGAUUGCAAGCCUUAGUUCUUAAUGAUUGUCCUUAUGCAUACUAUGUGCAUUGCUUUGCUCAUCGGUUACAAUUAGCAUUAGUUGCUGCAUCAAGAGAGGAAAUCAUGGGUAUUAUUGAUGUUGUUUGUCAAGCUUUGCAUCAGAAAUCUCUAGACAUCUCAAAUGCCCAAAAUUUAGUUUCAGCAACAAAGACAUUCAUCCAAAAUUUAAAAGUAGAUGGUAGAGGUCGUAAGAAAAGGGAUCAUGUUACAGUGGAACAUCAUUACCAUUUUGAUAUAUUUAACGCUACAAUAGAUGUUCAAUUGCAAGAGCUUGACAAUAGGUUUGGUGAACAACCAAUAGAACUCUUGAAACUUUGCUCAGCUUUGGAUCCAAAGGAUGCUUACAAAUCCUUUAAUGUGGAUGACAUAUGUCGUCUUGUUGAGAAAUAUUAUCCUCUUGAUUUUUUUGAGCGUGAUAGGAUUGGUUUGAAAAUUCAAUUGAGGCUAUUUGAGCAUGAUGUGCAAAAUCAUUCCAAGUUUCAGAAUUUGUCAUCUAUAGCAGAAUUAUGUCGAAGGUUAGUAGAGACAAAAAAGUCACAGGUAUAUCCUCUUAUUGAUUGA